GGAAGUGUUCAGCUGAAUUCAGGUUGUAGAAUGAGAACAUGAGACAGUUAGGAAUUGAAGAUUAGGAUUGAUGAGGUGGAAGGGUCUGAAAAGGCAUCAGGCUGUGGAAGGGAGAUCGUGGGGGCAGAAGGAUAAGACAGUAGAUGGCUUGGGGGCCCAAGGAAUGCUUUGGUCCUUUCCUGCCCUCUGGGCCCCUUGAUUUACUCUCUGGCUGCACCAUUUCCAGGUAGCAGUAUACAGUAAUUAGAGCACUAGUCAGAAACACUGAGUUUUAGCCCUGGUUUUGCCACUAAAACUCACUGCAGGAUCUUGGAGGCAGAAUGAUCCCAGUGGCUGAAUUCAAGCAAUUCACGGAGCAGCAGCCAGCAUUCAAAGUGCUGAAGCCUUGGUGGGAUGUGCUAGCUGAAUAUAUCACAGUGGCCAUGCUCAUGAUCGGGGUUUUUGGCUGCACCCUGCAGGUGACUCAGGACAAGAUCAUCUGUCUGCCUAGCCAUGUACCCCGGGAGAAUCUAUCAGAGACCCCAUGUGGGGAGCUGCCCCGGGGAAUCUCUGGGGAUACAGAGGACCUUCGGGAGCUCAGUGGCCUCAAGAACAACCUGGACUUACAACAAUAUAGCUUCAUCAACCAGCUCUGCUAUGAGACUGCACUCCACUGGUAUGCCAAGUACUUUCCCUACCUGGUUGUCAUCCAUACGCUCAUCUUCAUGGUCUGCACAAGCUUCUGGUUCAAAUUCCCUGGAACCAGUUCCAAGAUUGAGCACUUCAUUUCUAUCCUGGGCAAAUGCUUUGACUCACCAUGGACAACUCGGGCCCUGUCAGAAGUUUCUGGUGAGAACCACAAAGGUACCUCAGGACGGCUAACAGCCACAGCCAUAGUUGGGUCAGGAAAGACAGGUGAGUCAGAGAAGGUGCUGACAGAGCCAGAGAAGGUGGUGAUGGAGCCACCAGCUGUCACCCUGUUGGACAAAAAAGAGGGGGAGCAGGCCAAGGCCCUGUUUGAGAAGGUUAAGAAGUUCCGUGUGCAUGUGGAAGAGGGUGACAUCUUAUAUACCAUGUACAUCCGUCAGACAGUGCUCAAGGUGUGCAAGUUUCUGGCCAUUCUGAUCUAUAACGUCAUCUAUGUGGAGAAGAUUAGCUUCCUGGUGGCCUGCCAGGUGGAGACGGCAGAAGUCACAGGUUAUGCCAACUUCUGUUGUAACCACACAAAGGCUCAUCUCUUUGCCAAACUGGCCUUCUGCUACAUCUCCUUUGUAUGUGUCUAUGGUCUCACCUGCCUCUAUACACUCUACUGGCUCUUCCACCGGCCCCUCAAGGAGUAUUCUUUCUGUUCGGUGAGAGAGGAGACAGGAAUGGGUGACAUCCCAGACGUCAAGAACGACUUUGCCUUCAUGCUCCACCUCAUUGACCAAUAUGACUCGCUUUAUUCUAAACGCUUCGCUGUCUUCCUCUCUGAGGUCAGCGAAAGCCGGCUCAAGCAACUCAACCUCAACCAUGAAUGGACACCAGAGAAACUGCGCCAGAAGCUUCAGCGCAAUGGGCGAGGGCAGCUAGAGCUGGCACUCUGCAUGCUGCCUGGUCUACCUGACACAGUAUUUGAGCUGAGCGAGAUAGAGGUUCUCAAGCUGGAGGCCAUCUGUGACAUCACCUUUCCUCCAACCCUCUCCCAGCUGGUCCACCUGGAAGAGCUCAGCCUCCUCCACUCCCCUGCCAAACUACCCUUCUCCUCCUUUGUUUUCUUGAGGGACCGACUCAAGGUGGUACGGGUGAAGUGUGAGGAGCUGCGUGAAGUGCCCCUGUGGGUGUUUGGGCUCCGGAGCCUGGAAGAGCUCCAUCUUGAGGGUCUUUUCCCAGCAGAGCUUAGCCGGGCGGCUAACCUGGAGAGCCUCAAAGAGCUGAAGCUCCUCAAGAGCCUCUCCCUGAGAAGCAAUGCAGGCAAAGUGCCCCCCAGUGUGACGGAUGUGGCUGGUCACCUGCAGCGGCUCAGCCUUCACAAUGAUGGGGCACGGCUACUGACCCUCAACGGGUUAAAGAAGCUAACGGCGCUGCGGGAGCUGGAGCUGGUGGGCUGUGGGCUGGAGAGGAUACCCCACGCCGUCUUUAGCUUGACCGCGCUACAGGAGUUAGACCUGAAGGAUAAUCACCUCCGCUCCAUCGAGGAGAUCCUGAGCUUUCAGCACUGUCGCAAGCUGGUCACCCUCAAGUUGUGGCACAACCAGAUUGCCUAUGUCCCAGAACACAUUCGCAAACUCAAGGGUCUGGAGCAGUUGUACCUCAGUCACAACAAGCUGGAGACCCUGCCGCCCCAGAUCUGUUUCUGCACCAACCUCCGCCUGCUUGACGUUUCUCACAACGGCUUACGCUCCUUGCCCCAAGAGGUCAGCAUCCUCCAAAACUUGCAGCACCUUGCAGUUUCCUACAAUGCCCUGGAGGCACUCCCAGAUGAACUCUUCUUCUGCCAGAAGCUGAGGACGCUGUUGCUGGGUUACAAUCAUCUAAACCAGCUCUCCCCUCGAGUGGCCACACUACAAACCCUCAGCCGGCUGGAACUCAAGGGUAACCGCCUAGAGGCUUUACCUGAAGAACUUGGCAAUUGUGGGGGGCUCAAAAAAUCAGGGUUGCUGGUGGAGGAGGCCCUGUAUGAGGGACUGCCUGCUGAAGUGCGAGAGAAGAUGGAGGAGGAGUAAGAAGGGUCCCUGGGGAUUCGGUCAGUUUGGGAGACCUCACUUGGAGAAGCUAAAACCAGGGUGGGGGACCCACACCUUAGGGAGAAAAGGCAGAAACCAGAGGAAGGUGGGGCUGAAGGAAAGCCCUUAGACAGGUUUGGGAAGUACUUCUAGGCCUGUGGAAUAGGGGUGAGGCUCCUCAUGGUGGGAUUAGCUUAAUCCUGGAAUUCAGAGACAGCCACACCUGUCUCUUUUGGCUGGUUUUCCCCUUCCAGUCUGAGGCUGGAGUCAGCCCAGUUUACUUGGCUAGGACUGAUAUCCUUCCUUUAUCCUUAUUCACCGAACCAUUUCUCUUCAUUUAGUGCCUUAGACUGUGAGAAAAAAAGGGGGAGGAGGUUAUUGUGGAAAGAGUGAAAAGCCACAGUCCUGGGUGAUUCAGAAUACUCUCCCACUGCAGUAUCUGGCAUUCAUUCCUGGGGGAUUAGGGACAGUUCCCCAAAUCCCGAAUCCAAUCCCUUAUUUAUAAAAACUAUUUGUUAUAAACACUUUUGAAAAAGGA